AUGGAAACGAGACGUAUUGUGAAGGGAUUCCACACCAAGAAAACCAACUCAUUUGUGAGGGCAUGUAUUGCCUACUCUUUCAUUACCAUUCCCUCACUCGACGACGUGAUACUUCGCCUUCAGCUUUACUUAUCGAGUAGUUAUGUCUCUCUAAUCAAUGGAUGUUUGCCCCAAACGGACUCAUUUCUCAAAACAGCCAUAACAUUGAUUCAACAGUUACCACAAUAUAUUGACUCGAGUGAUGGUCGACCCAAAUCUACGGAUCCAUUUCUCUUGUCAUACACCUCCCAAUUGCUGUCAUUCCUAUUGAUAGUUCCCGAGUCAUAUCCCUAUCAUAUAAGCAAAGUCGACUCAAACGAUACGUUAUAUGGAAAUGAAAGUCAAUUUAUGGAACAGAUAAGUUCUUUGAGUGGAACCGUUCUCAACGAUAUUCUCGAAUAUUUGCAGCAACUCUCUGAUGAAGGACAAUACAAAAGGCAGUCAUCGGUGGCUUUGGAGCUGUUCUGUCGGAUUAUAUCUCACGGAGACGUCAAGAAAAUGCAUAAACUUCUCAUCAAUUUGUGGCAAUUGUCUAAAAAGAACUCUUCGCCUGAUAUUAAGCGCUCAGAAAUUGCGAUUAAAUACUUAAGACAAAAGGCCAACCAUUCAUCAAAUCCCAUUCUAUUGGAUCUGUUGUUUAAAAUAGACAAUAGAUCCUAA